CAGAUCGGCCUGCGCAAGCGCAUUCUUUUUCUCAUUGAUCAGUGGCGUAGCUAUGAAAAGCACCAGCAACCCCUGUCCAUUGGCGAAAUCCCCUCUCUAGCCGGACCUAGCGAUGGUCUGACAGGAGCGACAAUGGUCCACCCUUUAGCAUCAACUUCCAGUGGCAGGACAAAACCUGACCAAACUUACGAUUUAAACUUUCCCCACAGAGAGCGAGUCAACUUAUUCGAAGGUCCUGUUGUCCACGGGCGUCUACCCGGUCAAAGUGAGUCAUACUCUGUCUGCGAGAGCAAUCCCAAGCUGUGGAAGGUCGCUGUGAGCGCUCUUUAUGCCAUGUUCUCCUUCUCUGUCACUGCUUUUGUCAUGGUCCUUGUGCACGAGCGUCUUCCCGAGAUGUCCAAGUAUCCCCCUCUCCCAGACAUUCUACUCGACAACCUGCCUUACAUCCCCUGGGCUUUUGAGGCAGCAGAAAUCGUGGCAGUUGCCUUACUGGCCAUAUGGCUUACUAUUUUGGUCUUUCAUCGGCAUCGAUUCAUCCUCCUGCGACGCUACUGUUCGCUGCUGGGGACAGUCUUUCUGCUGCGCAGUGUUACCAUGUUUAUCACCUCACUCAGUGCACCGGGUCGCCAUUUGUCUACCGAAUGCAAGCCCUUUGUUUUCCACUCAUUCAGCGAGCGUCUUCGUCGAGCAGCGGAAAUCUUCUUCGGUCUUGGUAUGACCCUGCGGGGAGUUCGUACUUGUGGGGACUACAUUUUCAGUGGACAUACCGCGGUAAUUACGAUGCUCAACUUCUUCAUAACUGAGUACACACCGCCAAGCUUUCACCCCCUUCACAUAUUUACUUGGAUUCUCAACGUAUUUGGCAUCUUCUUCAUUCUGGCCGCGCACGAACAUUACUCAAUCGAUGUGUUUGUGGCGGUGUACAUAACCUCGCGUCUUUUCUUGUACUAUCACUGGUUGGCAAACAAUCAGUUUCUCAUGCGCCAGGACAAGCAAAGGGCCAGGAUCUGGUUCCCUCUCUUCACCUUCUUUGAGUCAGAUUCCCGGGGCGCUGUUCCUGCGGAAUUCUCCAAUCCCUUUCAAGGCAUCUUUCAGUUUCUGAAGUGUCGUCUUCUCCCGCGCCAUGUUUCCAGUAUUCUGAUUCCUCCUAGAGGACAAUGUUAUUUUCACGAGAAGGGAACUAUUUUCACAUCAGCCAUUAUGCAAGUGAAUGCUAUAGAAGUCGCUGUUCGCUGCUCAUGUCAUCCAUCAAACCAGUUUUACCUAUUUGGCAACUGGGCGCGAGGCGUGCUCUUUGUGUCCUCCUGA